CAAAAUAAAUAUUUAGUAAAAGUAAACUCAUAAAGAUUAAAUAUAUCCAUAUUAAACAUAACUUUUUGAAAUUUUUUACAUAAUUUAAAUUACAUUCUAUUCAUUACAUUAAAUAAAGCAUUUUUUGCAAACUUCAAUUAUACUUUUACUCAAAUUAAAAUACACUUCAACUAAAUCCUCAACAUCUCUAGCCGCAUAUUCUAAAUAUUAAGGACAAAUUGGUCUUUCUAAAAAUGCAGAUUAGUUAGUAUUUUCAAAGAUUUUAUGCAUUUCAUUUUUUAAAAUAUUAAUUCCAUUUCUAGCAUUAUUGUUUUACAAAACGUCAUUCAAACCUGGUUAUUUUAACUCAUCUAUACUUUUAAGAAUUGAAAAGUCAUCCCUUUGAAUUCCUAAAUAUUUUUCCAUUUAGUAUUUAAAAGCUUAACAAGCUGCAGUAUCAAAGACGUUUUUAGGACAAGCCUAAAAAAAUCUAUGUAAAGCCAAAGAAUCCUUCCUACAAUCAUGAAAUAUUUUAACAAUUUUAACAUUUUACAUAAUAUUUUAAAUACAAAUUUUAGUUUCAAUUUACAAAUUUAUAUCACUUUAUAAAUUAUUUAUAAAAUAUAUAUCAAAAAUGAAAAUUUAAGAUUUUAAUUCAUUCUUUUUAAAAAUAGAUAUUUAUAUUAGUUAAAUAAAUCCUUCCUUUCUUAGUCUUCCUUCUAAAUCUACUCCUAUUUCAGUAUGUUUAUUUAUCACAAAAUUCGCAUAUUUCAGUGUUUUUUCGUCAUCUAUAAUCACUAUUCGUUCAUUUUCGUAUUAUUUUAAAAUAUCUUCAUUUAUUUUUUCAUCUAAAAUACUUUUAUUAUUAAUUAUAGAACAUUUACAGGUAUGUAUUUUGAUAUUCUUUUUUUAUUUUAUAUCAAAUCUUAAAGCAAAGUCUCCUGUUUAACAUCUUGUAGUAUAUAUUUUUUAUGUUAAAAGGAACGAUCUUAAAUAAAAUUUAAAUUUUUAUUAAUUUCCAAAAGCUUUGACAUUAUUUUCAAAUUAUUUAAUGAUUUUUUCUUCGAAAAAUGUUAAAUUUAUUAUCGAUUUUUUCUUUUAAUAGUUUAGAAUUUUAAGGACUUCUUCUUUUACACAUUCUAAUUCAUUAUCAUACCCAAAUACCUUUUCAACAUUUGCAAAAACACUAUUUUUUUCACAAAUUUUCUCAAAUAUUAAUUAUUUAUUAUUUUCUAAAUAAUCCUUAAAAUUAGUAUUUAAUAAUUACAUAAUUUAAUGUAAUCCAGGCUAAAAAUUUGUGUUUUAUGAAUAAUAUUAUUUUCUUAUUGAGCUUUCUAAUAUUGGAAAACCUUCAUCUAUUACAUGUUUUUUACAUAAAGUUAAAAUUCUUUCAAAAAAUAUUUAUUGUAUAUUUUCAGGAUAUUUUAUUAAUAUAGUU